CAGAACGGAACUAUAUGAGGAUGCUGCAUCAGCAUGCUGGCCUAUCGUAUAUUCUCCAGACUACAACAUCACGUUCAUGGGACUCGAGAAGCUGCAUCCAUUUGAUGCAGGGAAAUGGGGAAAAGUAAUCAAUUUCCUGAAAGAAGAAAAACUAAUUGCAGAUGACUUGAUCGUACAGGCACGGGAAGCUACUGAUGAAGAUCUCUUGGUUGUUCACACAAGGCGCUACCUUAAUAGAUUAAAGUGGUCAUUUGUUGUGGCUACAAUAACAGAAAUUCCACCAGUUGCAUUUCUUCCCAAUUUUGUUGUUCAGAGAAAAGUUUUGAAACCUCUACGAACCCAGACGGGAGGAACAAUAAUGGCAGGAAAACUUGCUGUUGAUAGAGGCUGGGCGAUCAAUGUGGGGGGUGGUUUUCAUCACUGUUCAAGUGACAAAGGUGGAGGAUUUUGUGCAUAUGCUGAUAUCACGCUGGCCGUAAAGUUCUUAUUUGAAAGAGUACAAGGGAUAUCUAAAGCCACAAUUAUUGAUCUGGAUGCUCAUCAGGGAAAUGGCCAUGAGAGGGACUUUAUGGAUGACCAUCGGGUAUAUAUUAUGGAUGCAUACAACAGAUAUAUUUAUCCAGGGGAUGGAUUUGCUAAACGUGCCAUAAAACGCAAGGUGGAAUUAGAGUGGGGUACAGAGGACACAGAAUAUCUUCAGAAAGUACAUACUCACGUGGAAGGAGCAUUAAAUGAAUUAAAACCUGACAUCAUUGUUUAUAAUGCUGGGACUGAUAUUCUGGAUGGCGAUCCAUUGGGAGGACUUGCUAUUUCACCUCAGGGAAUUGUGAAGAGAGAUGAAGUUGUGUUCAAGGCUGCCAGAAGCCGCAGAAUCCCAAUCCUGAUGGUGACGUCUGGAGGCUACCAGAAGAGGACAGCGCGGAUUAUUGCCGAUUCCAUCCUCAAUUUGCACAGCCUGGGGCUUAUUGACAAGGAGCUAGUAACCACUGGAGCUGAAAAUCCCAAGGUAGAACAGAUGAUUAGAGACUCUGCUAAAGACUUAACCAACUUGUCACUGCAAUGACAAGUUACUAAAUCAUAGGAAACAACUUCCUGGUUUAGGAGUGGGAAGUCUCCACAUCAUUAUCAGGGUUAAUAUAACAUUUAAAAAAGACUCAACUUGCCUGU